UUACCUACUACCUUCCGAUCAUGUCACGUGGUGUAAAUGGCUGCCCCUGUGUGCAUGGAGAUUUUCAAGCUCUGUGUCGUUACUGCAAUAUUGUUGAUGGGUGUUGCUGAGAAACCAAACAUGCAAAAUGUUGCACAAAACAAAACAUGUGGCAUGAGUUCUCGGUAUAAAGCUGAUCAAGAGAGCUCGGGAAGCUGUUCAGAUGCCAUAAAUGGAAACACUGAUACAAUAUUCUCCGUUCAUCCCCCUAACUGCAUCCACACCGAAGAGGACGAUAGGUCACCGUUUUGGUGGGUGGAUCUGGGACAAAGGUUCACCAUAAACACCAUCACGAUCUACGGAAGGCAAGACUUAAUAGCUAGAAUGAAGUGUGUUAACGUUUCACUUGAUGGAAACCUCGUUCAAAGAUUCACGGAUACCAGCGGGUGGACCAACAAUAAAUAUGACAUCACAGUGGGUCGUGCUGGGCAGUUGGUCAACAUCACCAGAGACUGUGAAAUAAUGGCCCUACUAUAAACAUUUGUGAGGUGCAGGUGUGGGUGUGCAAUGAAGGUCUGUAUGGAACCAACUGUACACAGUCCUGUGGUCAGUGUGCCGAGGACUCUGUGUGUGACAAGGAGGAUGGCACCUGUACGUCCUGCCAGACAGGCAUCCAGUCAUCAUUCUGUAAAGGCAG